AUGAACGCGCAACUUAGAGGGGGUGGCCCUUCUCAGAGAGGCACUUUCGCCUCACGACCUCCCUCUGGUCCCAUGGCGGACGCUCCAAGUGUAGGGUAUGCGCAGGGGUAUGUUGGAGGAGCUGGCUCUUCGGAGGGCCCUUUGUCGGCGGUUCCCGGUUCCUCUUGGGGCCCCAACGAGAGUGCCGAGUAUCGUCCUUCGCGUGAUGCUGGUAGAGGCGCUUUCAUGGGGGGGCCCCCAGGGGGGGGGGCCCCAAUGGGCCAUUCAUACGCUCCAGCGAAACCCUCUGCUGGCGUGUGGAGCUCUCCCUUCGGGAAUUCCGGUCUGCCCGGCUCCUCCGAAGGCCCCUCUGCAGGUGCAGAGGCCUCUGCUGCUGGAUUCUCCUCUGCGCCGAAAGGUGCAACGGCUGAACAGCAAGUGAUGAACCUGGUCCUGCAUUCGGUUGCCGAUAAUCUUACGAGUCAAGCGGAAAAACACGUAUCUAUGUUGCAGCAGCGAUUUCCGUCAUUUCUUUUGUCUCUGAGGCCAUACUUUAGUGUCAGUCAGGGGUAUGUCUUCAUGCGGCUGUGUCGAUUAUUGUUUCCUUUCCGGGCUUUGUUCUGGGGGCCCCCAUCGGCGCGAGCCUUCGGUGCCGUCGCUUCCGACAUCAGCACCGGUACAGCAGCUGGCCAUACACCCGAGCGCGAUUUGUACAUUCCUCUGAUGGCGCUAACGACCUUCGUGCUCCUUACCGGCAUCGAAAGCGGCCUGAAAGGCGGAUUUUAUCCAGAGCUUCUGGGAUCUACGCUUUCGCUAUCGCUUGUCCUUCUCUUGGCAGAGAUGGGAGCCCUCAAGUUGACCCUCUACGCCACGGGUGCCUCUUCUGCUGCUGCCACAGACAUCCUCUGCUUCUGCGGAUACAAAUAUGUUCAUGUGGCACUGCUUCUUGUGCUCCGCGUGUCCAUAGACCUCAUGGAGGGCCCCCGGUUCUACUCGGUAGGGGCCCCUUGGGGGAACCCCCCCGUCGUGCCCGCAGAAGUAGACCCAGCGGCGGCGUUGGCAACGGAAGAACCUCCUGCAGCGAUCGCCCCCCGAAGAGCGUCUUUACUCUUCAUCAGCUGUUUUGCAUACUUCUCUACUUGCGCUGCUGGCGAACUUUUUAUGCUGCUGAAGAGGGCAGACGUUGCGGGGAAAGACGCGAACGCCGCAUACCUCCAAGGAGGGUCUCUUAGGGGCCCUUGCGCUUCAUACGUCAUCGCUGUGGCUGCCCUCUUGCAAAUCCCACUGUGCUGGUUCUUGCUGCCUUGUAAAGUUUUCUCGGCAUAA